CAACUACCAGGAUCACGAAGAUGAGGAGGGCAACGAUGACCACGGCUGCAAUCAACCCUGCCUCCCCUGCAUUGGUGGAACUGCUGAAGAGUUGGAACUGCUCGCAUCUGCUGCCUUUGUAAUUUUCAUCACACCUGGCUGACAGCCUCGUCGUCUCCGCUGAAGGAUGCUGCUUUCGGUCCGGAGUGCGUGUUUUCGUCGUGCGCUGUCUUCGGAGAGGAGAAACUGGUGCCCGGCCAACGCAAAUGUAAGGGGAAUCGCAGCCUACACACAGCGAGAUCCGAGCAUCCCUCACACUGAUCAUCAUCAUCAUCAUCAUCAUCAUCGGCGAGGAGGGAGAUAUUACCAUCAUCACUGCGAGGGCAAAGGAGUCACGACCACGCUUGUACACAAUGUAGAGCUGGGAAACAUAAGAGGUGUGGUAGGAUCCAGGUCUCUGCAGUGGUGAAAUCACAUUUCACACUCGGGGUCAUUUAGUGUGGACUUCUAUUUGCAGCAACAAGACCUCGACAUGAGCAAUCCCCAGGUUCCUCCCCAGGCCGGAGCCUCAGAGCUGGAGGUGAUCUCCCAGCAGGUGGAGGAGGACAACCAGUGCAUGGCUCCUGUCCAGCUGGUCAGCUUCGCCUACAGAGACUUGCCUUUGGCCGCCCUGGACAUAUCCCUCGCUGGAUCCCAGCUCAUCUCCAACCCAGAUGAAGAGGACAACAGAGAGGGGUCGAACUGGCUGAAGCCGUGCUGUGGCCGAAGAGCAGCGCUGUGGCAGGUCUGUCUGCUGUCGGCGGGCUUCAACUGCUUCCUGGUGGCCUGUGUCAUUCUGGUGGUGCUGCUGCUGAUGCUGGAGCUGCUCAUAGACACCAAGCUGUUGCAGUUUAAUAACGCAUUCCAGUUUGCCAGCAUCAUCCACUGGAUCAGCCUGGCUAUUCUCUCUGUGUUCUUCACUGAGACAGUGUUCAGGAUCGUGGUGUUGGGGAUAUGGGAUUACAUAGAGAACAAAGUAGAGGUGUUUGAUGGAGCUGUCAUUGUCCUUUCUCUGGCCCCUAUGGUGGCCUCCACAGUGGCCAACGGCCCCAGCAGCCCCUGGGAUGCUAUCGGUCUCAUCAUCACUCUGCGCAUCUGGAGGGUCAAGAGGAUCAUUGAUGCUUAUGUGCUACAAGUGAAGGUGGAGAUGGAGCUGGAGAUCCAGCAGUAUGAGAAGGCCAAGGCGGUGAGGGAUGAACAACUUGACCGGCUCACCCAGAUCUGCCAGGAACAGGCAUUUGAAAUCAGGCAGCUGAGGGCCCACCUGGCCCAGCAGGACCUGGAUCUGGUAGCAGAGCGUGAAGCAGCCAUGCAGAUCCACCAUAUGUGGGGUAAACAGAGCAGCACUUUCCAGGAGGUGGAUGGACUGGCCCCAGGGGCCUCCGAACAUCACGGGCCAGCUAAAGCUAGAGAGCCAGGGGGGUCUGCAGCUCACCACGGUCAAGAUGACAUGAACAACUACAUCAGCCAGUACUACAGUGAGCCCAGCAGUGACAUGGGGAUCCCAGAUCCUGCACGUGUCAUCACCACAGCAGCCAUAGAUGUGCACCUGCCUAACAACCCCAGCCAGCUUCCCUCCUCUUUGGUGAGUGCUGAUGCAGUGACGUCCGGUCGCUUGCAGCGCACCGGCAGCCCUGUCAGCGAAGCCUCCACCACCACGGUGUCCCACACCAGCUUCAGCGCCCGCCAGCACAGCAUCAGCAGCCACACGCUGGGCUCCACCACAGACUGCAGCUCCACUGUGCGCGAAGCCUCCACCUCCACAGAUUAUAGCGACCAACGCUGCUACCCUCCACCCUACAGCAGUCCUCUCGCCCUGGGCACCCAGCCGCGAGGAAGUCCCAGCGCUGUGGUGCAGGAGCUGCUCUCCUCUCUGUCCGAGGACUCCUGUCUCACGCAGAAGGGCCUGGACCCUGUCAAUCUGAAACCACCCAGCCCGACGGGUUCCACCAAAACCAGCCCCGAGCUGGAGCACAGGGUCAACAUCUACAACAAGAGGAACCAGGAGAGCAGAGUUGGACUGCACUCCAAGCCCCUCAUCCACCUGCAGGGCAACGAGCCUCUUCUGGAGGAGAAGUACAGGAUGAUGGAGCCGGUAGACGCUCCAGUCAACCGUCUGUCAGAGACAUAAGACUCUGCCUGACAUGUGGAACUUCACAUGGCUCGCUCCUCAGAUCUACAGCAAAAAUUAACGCUCUACACGAAACUCCGACAUCGUUGGGAGUCACUGGCACAUUAACUGUACGUCUGCCAACCUCUCUGUACUGUUGGGACUGAGAGGUUAAACUUGCCACAGCAGCACAAAAACAAGGGCGGGCGAGGAAGACUGGGGGAGGCAGACUUGUUAUCAGGCACCACUUAUCAGGAAUUGACAUUCACAAAAACACUUUUAUGAAAUAUUUUACCAAAAGAAACCAGCAACAGGGCUCGAACUCAAAAUGUUCAGACAACUGGUCUGUGCAGAUAAAAUAUCUGGCUUUUGCUAAGUUGGGGUUUUAUUUCUAGAAAGUGAGGGGACGGUGCUUAGUUGCUCUGAUACAUUUUGUGGGAAUUCAGUGGACUGAUCAGAUUGUGUACCGGAGGGCCACAAACUGUCGAUCACUUCCCUCAAACUACAAGGCAUGGAUUUUAUCACUGGUGCAGGUGUAUCAGCUGCUUUGAUAGUCGGUCUAGUGUGUCCAAACUCACAAAGUACAGUCCUCUUUGACGGGACUGCUGCAGGGUACAUUGGAUCAGUCUCAGCUCCUUUCUAAUCUUUGUCUUUCUAUAUUAGCAAUGUUAACAUUUUUAUCUAAAUUCUAUGAGAGGAAAGUUUGUGGCAAACUUUUGACUGUUGGGAGAUUCGGGUGAUUCAGAGAGUUUUUAUCUAGAUCCAGUCAGUGCAUACUCAAAUUUUGAAAACUACAGCAUGUUCCUCACAAAUUGAAUUGGUUGAAAAUUGACAUCAUCAUUCAGAGGUCUAAAAGGUUUUCUUUUUCAUGAUUUUCAUGUUUGGAAGCAGUGUAAAUAUUUCAAAAUGGAUCUCAUGGCCAAAAAUAGUGAGGGACUUGCAGUAAGGCUAUAAUAAAAUGUCAAAAAGAAAAUUAUAGCAUGAACCUUUAAACAUUUGACUCCUGAAUAUCAAAACUAACCCUGUUUAUUGUACUGUCAACAGGCAUUUUCUAUCUUGUUUAUGGGAAGAGGGCAUUGCAAAAUGAGUCUAAUAAAGGGAAAACAUGGCACAAAAA